AUGAGCGACAAACGUCUCGUUCUCAAAAAGGACCUCUUCUACCAAAGAGCUGAACGAUUUUAUCAACUUUGGGUAACUGGAAAUUUCAAGUUCCAAAGUAUCCAAUAUAUUGUUUUUAGGAAAAAGGAGAGGAUGGCCUCGAUGCAGUUAAUUCCAUUGCUGUUGUUUUUGGAAGCAGCGACAAUCCGUACACGAAGUCCAGUGCUUUCCAUGUAAGUGAGUGGCACAACUAUUAGUAUCUCAUUCAAAUGUGUUUCAGUCGUGGCUUCUUGGUCAUGAAAUCAUGGACACUGUCAUAGUUUUCCUGAAAGACCACAUUUAUGUGCUCGGAAGCAACCGGAAAGCCGAGUACUUCGGACCGGUCACUGGCGAUCAAUUCCACGGAAAAGUGCCUCCAGUGAGCACGCUGCUUCGUGACAAGACCGACAAAGACGCAGCAAAUUUCGAAAAACUCAUUGAGCACAUUAAAAACGCAGGUGGCGAAGUUGGUGCAUUUAUCAAGGAUAAGUUCAGUUCGGAGGCCGUGUUCGUCGACUCGUGGAAUAAGGCCCUCGAGGAGCAGGACGUCAAGAAAACCGACGUCACUCUUGCGUUCACUCAUUUGUUUGCCGUCAAAGAUGAGAAGGAGCUGGAGUUGGUUCGCAAAUCAGCUCAAGUCACAUCAAACACGUGGACUGCCGCCAGAACCAAAUACGUCGAAAUCAUCGAUCAAGAAAGAGUGAGAAAUUGUAUAAGCUUAACAAGUGAAUAAUUCUAAUUUUCAGCGUGUCCGUCAUUCCCAACUCUCCAGCGACUUCAACGGGUACAUGAAAGACCCAAAAGUUCAGGGAAAUUUGGCCAGAGACACCACUGAUUCGUGCUACGACCCGAUCGUAAUGUCCGGUGGAAACUACUCAUUCAAAUGGAACCAUGACAGUUCCGAGACGCACCUUCACACUCAGUUUGGAACUAUCGUCACUUCGUUUGGGGCACGAUUCGCCGACUAUUGCACCAAUCUCACGCGGACUAUGCUAAUUUUCCCGUCUAGCGAUUUGGAGAACGCCUAUGAAGCUAUUCUGGCCACUGAGCAGGCUGUUAUGGCCGCUCUGAAGCCAGGAGUCAAACUCAGCGAAGUCUACAAAACUGGAAUUGACACUUUGACCAAAAAGAAUCCAAAGUUGUUGGACACGCUAAACAAGAAAGAGCUAGGAUUCGCUACUGGAAUUGAGUUCCGCGAGAGCCGACUGGCAAUCAGUGCGAAGUGCGAAGAGGAGGUCAAAGCGGGAAUGGUCUUCAUCGUUUAUAUUGGAUGCGACAACAUCACUAACAAGAAUAGCAAGGGAGAAAAGGGCAAGCCGGCAGCGAUCGCCAUUUCGGACACUGUGCUUGUGAAGGAGGACGGCGAGAAUGAGCUGCUCACCGAGAAGGCAAAGUCGCGUCUGAAGUCGAAUGUGAUUCGAUUCAAAGAUGAGGCACAAGGGCGGGAUGCCGAGAAGGAGAAUGAGAAGAACCGAAUGCUCGGAAGAGGACAGCGCAGUGUGGUUUUGAAUGAUCAAACUAGAAACAAAACGACGAACGAGGAGAAGAGAAAAGAGAGACAGAAGGAGCUUGGAAGGUUGGUCAACGAGGCCGCCCAGGCACGUCUUUCGAAGCAGGACGGUGGAAGUGAUGAGAAGAAAGUGAAGAAGUCUAACGUCUCGUACAAGACAGCAGAAAGAUUCCCGCAAGACAGUGACAUCAGCAGCAUGCUUAUAUACGUGGAUCGCAAGUACGAUUCGGUCCUUUUCCCGAUCUUCGGAGUUCCCGUUCCAUUCCACAUCUCCAUGAUCAAGAACUGCUCUCAAUCGGUCGAAGGCGAGUUCACCUACCUCCGCAUCAACUUCAACACGCCCGGCUCGCAGAUUGGAAAGGACAACACCAUGUUCCCACAUGCGUUGGCUGAUUACAUGAAGGAGCUCACCUUCCGUGCCAGCAACCAAAAAGAGCGGGACAGCGCUCCACCCAGUGCCAAUUUGAGCACUGCGUUCCGUCUGAUCAAGGAGAUGCAGAAACGGUUCAGAACUGAGGAGGCCGAAGAGCGCGAGAAAGAGGGCGCUGUCAAGCAGGAUAAACUCAUCCUCAGCCAGAACAAGCUGAACCCGAAGCUCAAGGAUCUUCUGAUCCGUCCGAACAUUAUUCAAAAACGCAUAACUGGAUCGCUCGAGGCACACACUAAUGGAUUCAGGUAAUUUUUCCAAUUCCUCGAACGUCAUCCACAACCUUUCUUUUCAGAUAUAACUCUCUCCGUGGAGAUCGUAUUGAUGUGCUGUACAACAAUAUUAAGCACGCCUUCUUCCAGCCGUGCGAUAACGAAAUGAUCAUUCUGCUCCAUUUCCAUCUCAAGAAUCCUGUCAUGUGGGGCAAGAAGAAGUACCAGGACGUGCAGUUCUACACCGAAGUCGGAGAAAUCACGACUGACCUUGGAAAGUAUCAUCACAUGCAAGAUCGUGAUGACAUGCAAAGUGAGCAGCAGGAGCGUGAAAUGCGACGUCGUCUGAAUGCUGCCUUCAAUGGAUUCUGCGAGAAAGUCUCUCGUCUCACAAACGACCAAUUCGACUUUGACACGCCGUUCUCGGAUCUUGGCUUCUACGGAGUUCCGAACCGUUCUUCCACUAUGCUCAAGCCGACCUCGUCGUGCGUCGUCAAUCUCACCGAAUGGGUAAGCACGCGGUAACUUCUAUUUCACAUGACCGCUGUUCUUUUCCAGCCCGUCUUCAUUGUCACUCUCUCGGAAGUCGAGCUUGUUCACUUCGAACGUGUUUCCCUUCAACUCAAGAACUUCGAUAUGGUCUUCAUUUUCAAAGACUACAAAAGAAAGCCGCAGAUGGUUUCGCAGAUUCCGAUGAGCAGCAUCGACAUGAUCAAGGAAUGGCUUCACUCGUGCGAUAUCAAAUACAGCGAAGGAAUUCAGUCUCUAAAUUGGGCCAAGGUCAUGAAGACGAUCACUGACGACCUGGAUAACUUCUUCGAGACUGGAGGAUGGAACUUCCUCGAAUUGGAGUCUGAUAACGAAGUGGCUGAAGACGAUUCUGACGAGUCGGAUGCCUAUUCGCCAGAGGAGGCGUCUGCCGGAUCGGAAAGUGAAAGUGACGAAGAUGAGAGUGAAGGAGAGGAGGAGGAGUCCGACGACGAUGACGAGGAAGGAUCUCUCGAUUCGGAUGAGUCGGAAGGAAAAGACUGGUCGGAUCUUGAGGAGGAGGCUGCGCGCGCUGACAACAGACGCGAAGUCGAAGACCGUGACGGAGGACGUGAUCGUGAGCGUGAUCGCAAGAGACAUCACGGAGGAAGAGGCGGACCGUCCCACAAGCGCAGAAAGUAGACGGAAGCCUUCUGAUUCUACCGAUGAUUUCACUUUUUCCCAUCCUAUUUGUCGUUUGGAUUGAAAUCGAUCCCCAUGCUUGAUUCAAUGCUCGAUUAUCAUCCGAACUUUUUCGUUUAUUAAUUUUUACCCGUCUCAUUCAGCAGUAUCUCCUUUGAUCCCGAAACCCACAGAAAUUCCCAAUUCCCAUAUGGACUCCCACAUCUAUUCCUCCCGUCUUCCUAUGGAAAACCCCAAAAAAGUUGAAUUUGUGCAUGGAUUCGUUCCUCAUUUUACAUUUUAACACUAAUCUGUCCCCCCCUUCCCCCUGAUUAUAUUCGAUCGCAACCAUAAUUGAACUCAUUGAAAACGUUUCUAGCAUUUUGUCAAAUGAAGUUCACAUAAACCCAAUUUUUCUGUUUUGCCAUUUCACCAAUGGUUUCCGUUGCCGACUCAUAUUCUUCCUAUCUAUUAUCUAGUUUUUUGACUGUUUCUGCCUUCCCAAUAGAAUCACCAAUGUCUGCUUCCUAUUUGGGACGUGACGGAGGGUGGAGCAUCGGAAUGCUUCCGACACAUCGCCGUGUCUUGCACUUAUCUCUCCGGAAGCGACCAGAAGAUCUCCAGGCAGCGGUUUGAGUUCCACGUCAUCUAGUGAUCUUCUAAACUUUUCAUUGCUUUUAGACGAGACCGAAAUGGCUCCGGCUACGAAACGGUUGAAAUUGAGGGAUGGGUCCGCAUCUGAAUCAUCUGAGGAAGGGGCGAAAAGCUACGCGCGCAAGGGGAGGAACAACGUGAAAAUUGGAUGUUUAUCUGUUGAAACGGCCAACCGAAUUGCCGAGAAAGUUACCGGUUAUCACAGUAUCGGUAUGGAGAACCUUACAAAUCCAGAAAAACGCUAUGUUUUCAGAUCUUCGUCUUCCGGAGUCGGCUGAGAAUGACGUGGUCGUCACCCAACAAAAGUUGUGCUUGAUUUGCAUGCAACCUGUUGAUUUCCUGCCCACACACGUUCGCGAUUGUCAUCCGGAGACGCCGUCAGAAAUGGCAAAAGUAAUGCGGAGACUUUCCGAUGUCAGAUAUUCGAGAUUCUGCGUGAAAAGUCACUUCUCGGACCGGACGAUCAACGAGAAGUUCUCUUCGGUGCCACGCGUUGACCUGAUCAAUUUUCUCACCAAUUGCGGGUUCAUCUAUCUGAGGAAUUUGAAACACCCCAAAAAAAUAAUUGAUUUUUCUAAGAUUUACGAAGAAUCGGAAGUGCGUGGCAUUCCGAAACGGACGGCUGACGAACUGAUCCCUUUGCUCCGGAAACCCAGCGCCAACUUCCGUGAGGAAUUGCACUUCUCCGCCGACAUCGUCAGCUGCGCCAGAAUGAUGGAUCCCUCCGUGCAGACGACGCUGUGCUGCUACCUUUGCGACACGAUUCACACCGUCCGCAAUUUCGCCAGGCACAUGAAAAUACAUCGUGAAGAAUGGAAUAAAGAAGAAAACAACGGCUGUUCAUUGGACGAUUUGACUGAAGUGCUCAAAAGAGUUGGGGCUGUCCGGACGGCUCUCUACUAUACUGCACAACCGGUGAAACACAGAAAACUAUUAGAAGUCUGCGGUAAUAAUUCGGAAAUGACGGCGAAACUUGUUGGGUUUCUAUUGGAUGCCGGAUUUGUGAUCGACUCCGAAGAAGGUAGGGAAAGUGAUGGAAUGAGAAGAAAAGAACGGAAGACUAUGAAGAUUGUCGCACUAGAUCCAGGGACUGAAGAGAUGCCUUCUCUCGACAAACCAGGGCCUUUGGAAGAUUAUCCGAUUGGCAACAUAGAAGAUGAAAUUCAUUCUGUGUUUUCUUCUUUGGAAUCGAGUGAUUUGAGAAGUCGUUCGGGCAGUAUUAUGGUGAGCUUCUCCCAAAAUAAUUUCACUAGUUUUCUCAUUUGUUUGUGAAUUCAGAGCGACUCAAGUGCGGCGUCUUCUUCCGUCUCGGCUUCUUCCUCCAGAAUCAAACUACGCCCAUGCAGCACUCCGUCCGACGAAACGUUUCCGUAUUGUGUGCUCAAUGCGAUUCCGGAUCACACUGAAGUCGAGCACGCUCUCUACAGUAUCCUGGACGCGAUGACGGGGGAUUCGGAAUGCGUUCUGAAUCAGGCACAAUUCGGAUUUCUUCUCGGAUACACUACGUACUGUCUCGUAGUGGCCAACGGCAGCAAACAGAAUGUGAUCUCGCGGAUGACAAUGGGAGACUAUCGGAAGGGAAAGAGAGACGAGGCUUCUGGGCUCCACUGUUUCUCGUUCUCCUCUCUUUUGACAAGCUCUCAGAGGAAAGUCGUCGAAUAUUUGUGUGCCGAUGAACGCAUAUGGAGAGCCAUGGAGAUCUUCGAGGUGGCGAGAGAGCGGAGAGCGAGGGAGAUGAACUGGACGCACAUGGCCGACGACUCCGCCCCUUUCUUCUGCUCGUACGUGUCGCCUGCUUCGAUUGUGAAGGACGCCAACUACCCGAUGAGCCAGUUUCUCCGAAUGUGUGGAAUUGAUUUUCUGUGCAGAAGCAGUACGCUAUGCUCGGCUGCAUGGUCUCUAGUGCCCAAAGACUCGGCCAAAACGAGCCAUCAGCAGUACGCAAUCACCUACUUCACACUGUUGAGAGAAAAGGAACGGAGUCAGGUGCAACUGCUAGACGGACGGCUUUGCGAUCAUCCGACUUAUCAGAAGAUCACGUCUGUUGUAGUUUCAAAAGCGGUCAGAAAGGACCGCAUUGAACUACACGAAAAGGUUCGAAAGAAACAGAAAAGGUACACGACGCCAGAACGGGGAGGAAUUCCGAGCAGAAGAAGAGGAGGAGAUCACAAAUCGGAAAAGUAUUUGAGAAGUGUGGGGAGGGAAGUUCCCGAGAAGUCUCCGAAAAAGAAGCCGAGGGAAAAGGAAGAGGACGUGGCAGAAAAUCGUCCAGUAACAGACCCGGAAUUGGUGCCAGAAAUACAGUCAGAAAGGUCCUCACCGGAUUCUAGGUACGCACUCUCUAAUAAAUUAAAUUUCUUGUUUUUCAGUCCCUUCAGAGUCCCUCAUUAUCGCAUUGAAAUGUUCGGCGACAAAACAAUGACGUGCCUCUAG